AUGCCGAGAACUGUAUUUGUUGCGCAACGAAACGUUCGCGUCGCAUCUCCUUCGUUUCGCAUAUCCUUCGUUUCGCAUAUCCGCGGUAUCGUCAUGUCCGCGAUUUCGCUACAAGCCUUCCGGCCGAGCGCCGAGAAGGUGUACCACGUGGACGUGCACCCCACGCUGCCGUGGAUCGUCUCAUCGGACGGCCACGAUAACGUCGUCGUAUGGGACUGGGAACACCGCCAGGUGCUGUACGAGGUGAAUGCAGGAGGGGUGGACGAGCGCCGCCUGGUGGAUGCGCAGCUGCAGCGCAUCGCCGACGGGGAGGAGCAUGCCAAGACACGGUCGUCAGCAGUGGGAGCUGAAGCCAUUCGAGGAGGAGGAGUGAAGGACGUGAAGUUUUAUGACGACGACGUUCGCUUCUGGACAGGAGCAAUCGCGCGGGCGGCAGUGGCGGAAUCCCCCACCGUCACGUCUGCCGGCCUGCUCGUGCCGCCCAUCGGCGCCGCCCCGUCCGCCGUGCGCGGGCGGCGGUUCUUGUUUGUAUGCUGCGACAACAAGGCGAUUGUUGCUGACCUGGUGACCAUGAGGACAAAGGACAUCCCCAAAAUGCUGCUGGACAACCGCUCUCCGCUUUGUUUGCAUUUGGGGCACCUCAAAAGACCUUGUGAUGAUGAGGACAAAGGACAUCCCCAAACUGCUGCUGGACAACCGCUCUCCGCUUUGACCCGUUUGCUAUCCGAUGCUGCUGAUGCUGCUCUCUGUUCCUUCCCCCCUUCAUCUCCCCCUUCAUCCCCCACUUCCCCCCCCUUCCCCUUCCUCUCCUCUCCCUACCCCUCCCCAUUUCCCUCCUCUCCCUCAGUGUGGAGUUCCUACCUCGCUCCAAUGCUGCCGGCCUCAGGUGGUGCGGAUGGUGUGCUGGUCAUGUGGGGGGCGGACUCCCAGGCCAACGCAGCAAGGGAAGUGGCGCCCAAGCUUACUCUCCCCAAGGCGCAUGACGGGGGAGUGAUGAUGCUGGCAUCAGGAGGAGCGGACGGGACGCUGGUGAUGUGGGGGGCGGACUCCCAAGCGAGCCCAGCAAAGGAAGUGGCGCCCAAGAUCACUCUCCCCAAGGCGCAUGACGGGGGAGUUGUGGGCAUCAGCCUGGCUCGCAUUCAUGGUGCUGCCCCCCACCUUGUGACGUGCGGUGCUGACAAAUCGGUGGCUUUCUGGGAUACCACCAUGUUCCGGGAGGUGCGGAGGAUGAAGCACGCCAUUCCCAAGGCCGUCUGCCACACCAUUGCCAGCUGGCGCCACCCGCGCGUGCCAGCUGUCGAGGUGCUCGCCUGCGCCAAGGACUCGCACGUCUGGGCGCUGGAGGCAUCAGGGGGCAGCAGGCCCAUCUGCGACCUCUCCACCCACGCGCCCCCCACUCCCCAGCAGGCAGCAGGGAAGAAGCUCAAGAUCUACUGCAUGAUGCCGCACAGCCUACAGCCUCACCUGGUGGUGUGUGGCACCAACGUGGGGGUGAUGCUCAUCUGCUUCGACCGCACUGCUGUGCCCCCCGCAGCAGCUCUUCCUACGCCACAGGGCUCCCGGCAGCACCAGGCAGCACCAGGUGUGCACCACCUGCUCAUGCCUACUACCACUCACUCACCCUCCCCCUCUCGCACCCCCUCAGGUGGCUUUCUGCCUGGGCAGGGGGCUCAACUCUCUGGCGUUCCAGCUGCUGACAGGAGGGCAGGUGGGGCCUGGGGCGGGUGUGACUGUGCUCAUCCCGAGCACUCUCAGUUCAGCCUCAUGCUCAUGCCCACCUACUACCACUCGCCCUCCCCCCCUCGCACACCCUCAGGUGGCUUUCUGCCUGGGCAGGGGGCUCAACUCUCUGGCCUUUCAGCUGCUGACAGCAGGGCAGGUUGGACCUGGGGCGGGGCUUCAGCUCGCUCUGAGUUUCUAAAGGGCUUAGAGGCCCCUCUACUCCAGUUAGGCUCGGAUUUCACAUUUUUUGCCUUCGUGCUUGCCUCCCCACUCCACCUGCUCAUCCCACCUGCGGCCUGCCCACCCUACAUGCAGGUGAAGCAGGAGAGGAGGAGAGCAGCGCCUGUUGCGCAUGAGAGCUACUCUCACCUCUCCGUCAGCAAGUCCGGCAAGUACCUGGCAGUGUUGUGGCCUGAGGUGCCGUUCUACAGCGUGUACAGCACGGCGGACUGGGGCGUGGUGGACUCGGGCACGGCCCGCCACUUUGCUUGGGACACCUGUCAAGACCGCUUCGCCAUCCUGGGAGGGGCUGUGGUGCCCAAGGUGCAGAGCAGCUCUGCCAGUUCCGGCAGGCACGGGUUCAGAGGGCGCAGCAAGAAGGACGCCAAGGAGGCAGAGGCGGCAGCUGCUGCUGCCAUGGCUGCUGCGGCUGCAGCGCUGGCAGGGGCGACUGUGGAGGUCCGGCGGAUCCGGAAGGACGGGAAAGUGCAGAUCAUGUGCACAUCCAUUGAAUCUGGACGCCGCGAGCAGGUGACGGGUCUCUUCCCAGGCGCACUUCUGGGAGUGGCCUAUCGCAUGCCCAAGAAGGCAUCUCUGCCGGGUGUCAGCCUACCCUCUGCUGCGCUCUCCUCACGAGCCGAGACAAUGGCGGACUAUAGUGAGCACCUGCCUAACUUCCAUCUUAUAAGUUGGGAGACGUUCAAGCCAGUCAGCGGCAUGCUCCCAGAACCGCACUGGACCGCGUGGGACCCCAUUGUAGAGUACUGCGCCUUUGCCUACGCCACGCACAUCGUGGUGGCAACGCUGCGCCCGCAGUUCCGCUGCCUGGGCCACGUGGCAGUCAAAGGGGCCACAGGAGGGACAUGGCACAGGCGUCAGCUCUUCUUGGCUACUCCCACCUCUGUCGAGUGUGUGUUUGUGGAUGCAGGUGUGAGUGCCAUCGACCUGGAGACGAGGAGGCGCAAGGAGGAGCGGAAGAGGAGGGAGGAGGAGGCGAAGGUGGUGGCUGAAAAGGGCGAACUGGCUCUGCUGGCCAUGGCGCCUCCCAAGACAGAGGAGGCGCCGGAGAGAGUGCAGCUGCGGCCGCCCAUGUUGCAGGUGGUUCGCCUUGCCUCCUUCUCCUCCCCCCCAGCAGUCCCCCCCAUCUCAGCCAUGGCUCGGGCCCGCAGCCUAUCAGCCGACGCCACGUCAGCGCCGCCCGGAGCCUCGUCUGGUCCGGGGCUGCUGGACGGCCCUGAGGUGAAGCCGCCCGAAGUGGUGGUGGGCGGCGGGGGCGUGCCGGUGGCGGCUGGGCGGCUGCCCAUGGAGCAGAGGCGGCCGGUGGGGCAGGUGUACGUGGUGGGGGUGCGAGACGGCGUCUUAUGGCUGGUGGACCGGUACAUGACAGCACAUGCUAUCUCUCUCUCCCACCCCGGUGUGCGCUGUCGGUGCCUUGCUGCUCAUGGCGACCCUGUUGGUGCCGUCAAGUGGGCAUCUCGCCUGGGGAGAGAGCACCAUGACGACUUGGCCCAGUUUAUGGUGGGCAUGGGGUAUGCGAGAGAGGCGCUGCACUUACCCGGGCUGUCCAAGAGGUUUGAAUACGAGCUUGCCCUCUCCUGUGGCGAGUUGGACCGUGCUUUACACUGCCUCAUGGCGCUCUCCCGCCCCAUGUCCGCCUCGGGGGCUCCAGUGGCGGAUGCCGAUGCAGCCAUGGACAGCCAGAUGGACUCCACUGGCAUCCUCGCAAUGGCGGCAAGCCAGGCCAAUAUGAUGGAAGCAGCAGUGGGAGUGGCGCGCUAUGCCUCGGAAUUCCUCGACCUGGUCGACGCUGCGGACGCCACAGGGCAGGCUGACGUGGCGGUGCGAGCGCUGCGCCAGCUGGCGGGGGCGAGUCUGCUGGAGGGUGCGCUGUUGCCAGCCGUGCAGCGGAGGGUUUCCCUUCGUCUGGCUCUCCAUGGGGAGGGAACGAGGCUGCAGAUGCAGAUCCAGUCACUCGUGCGGGGAGGGUGCGGUCGGGAGGCUGCAUGUGCAGCAGCGCUGCUGGGGGAUGCGAAUCUCUUAGAGAAGGCAUGGGCUGACACCGGCAUGGUGCCUGAAGCUGCGCUGCACGCCCUGUCCCACGGGCGCCCUACACUCGCAGCUCUCCUCAAGCAAUGGAACCGGUGGUUGCAGAAGGAGGAGGUGCAGCUGAAGCGACACAACAUGCUCCACACAGCGCACUUCAACACCCUCUUUGCCAACACCCAAGCCUCAGAAGACCCAUUCCAGACCCUCGCCCCCACCUCCAAAGACCCUCCCAUCCAAAUCGUCCCCCCUCGGGAAUUCUCCGUUGCUCUAACCUCGGAAGACGGCAGUUUGGGGUUCGGAGCAGCGGGAGCAGCAGGAGGGGUUGCAGGAGGGUUCCAGGUUGGCUCGAGUGGUGUGGAGGGCAUGUCUGCCCCGCUUGACCUUUCGGUGCUGGAAGGGGCAGGUGAGCCGAAGCGUGGGCCGGCGACCAUUGCUGUGCCUGUGGAUUUCAGCCAGUUUGAAAGGGAAUUUGCUGCCAAGGCUAGGUGCUUCUUCUUCCCAUGCUUCCCCCGCUUCGGCCGCGCGGCGGCGCCGGCCUUGCCCCCAGUGGGUGAAGCCGCGGAGUCAACUGGCGGGCGCGAGUCAAUAGAUUCAACGGAGUCGAAUGAGGCAUCGCCGUCAGUCCCGAGGAGAAUCCGCGGGUCGUCCGAGUCAACGGAGUCAAUCCAUUCAACGGAGUCAAUCCAGUCAACGGAGUCAAGUGAGGCAUCACUAUCGGCCCCGAGAAGCGCGCGGGGCUGGGGGGCUGCGCCCGAGCUGCUCUCAGCGCCCAAGGCGUUGACAGAUACCUCCCCCUUCUUUUGA